UUUGGCUGCCAUAGAAAUAGCGGAACAAACAAGCAGAGAUUUAUAAUUCUCAGAAGUCCAUUCUCAAGCACAUUGGCGAAUGAAGUAGACAUUAUUGUCAUUGCAGUGUCCUGACAACAGUUGUUUUCACAUAAGUAUGGUUUCUGUGUUUUGUUAAAUACAAGUCAUUUGUGUCUUGGAGUUGAGAAGUGCAACUACUGAUGGAACUUCAGGGUGUCCGACCAGCAAGGUUCUCCUUCUCCAGGAAAAGCCAACCUUCUCUACCAUGCUGCAAUAAAGCCAUCCAAUCCCUGCAAUUUGAAAUAAGCAAGUUGAGGAAACAGCUGGAAGGCAGCGAAUGGAAGUCUAAUCAAUCCGAUUCAAAUGGGGAGCCCCCUUUGGGUCAGGAGGACCUCCUACACCCUUAUAAAUGCCACACUUCUUUUUCCAGAACUGUACACCAUGACGCAGAUGAAAAGUCAGAGGGAGAGGAAAUGAAAGCAGCAGAACGAGAAGUACAGGAAGUAAUACGGGCAGCGAAAGACGAGCAGAUCAGACCAGCUUCUACAAAGCAGGCAGCUUCCUUCAGGCGAUCAAGACCUGAACGUGGUGCCUCCACAAGGUUUAUGGAUUCCCAGUGUAUGCCCACACAGCACAAGCACAGUCACAUCCCAGCAUCCUUUGCUGCAGGGGUGGGCGUGCUGGGAGGCCCCACUCUGAGAGGACCGUACACGGGGACACCGUACAGAAUUUCCUGUGACACGGAUGGACAGGAGAAGCCAAGCUUCCUGAGUCCGAGGCUCAUCCCAAGCGCUGGAGCGAAUUAUACCGGCAUCCCAGUGGACCAAAAUCUAAACUGUUGGCCUCUGGGUUACCAGCUGAGGGACCCCCCUCCCACUAAAAAACAACUCUACUGGUGUCUGUGCCGGGGGUGUCCCUGCAGUGCAGUGUGGCCUCCUGAAGAGCUGUAUUACUUAACGCCCACCUCUGACCCAUUUUAUCACGUCUAGCUGCUAUUGGCUGUAGGUGAAGCAUCUUGGGUCAGAGGUCAGAGAAGGAGACAUUGAGUUCACUGCUGCCACACAGUAGCCAUUCUGGCUCUAUGUAGCUCCCAGGGGGACAUUGACUUAUACCAGAAUAACUAUAAUGGUGCAGUUUCAUAUCAAAGGAAUCAUUUAAGAAAAAUUCAGGUCUCAGAAAUGUAUAUUCAUACUUUAAAUUUGUGGUCAAAUUAAAUGAAAGAUUAAUAAAAUACAUUUACAGUUUAUAUAACGACAAGA